AUGGAAGACCCGGACUUCUGGCUGACAGAUGUGCCAAAGAUAGUGAGCUGCAUUCUAGAAAACCUGCCAUACAUCACCACAGAGUCAGGCUGUAAUAAAGUGGAGUCACUGUUUCUCCUGAUGACUGACGAGUAUGGCUCAGAAGUGGUCAUCAGCCUGUGUGAGAUGGCUUUUCAAGGAGACAGGGUCCUAACAGAGUUUGCCAUCUUGCUCCAGAACCAGUGGUGCAACCCUCCAAUAGAAGACAGCCUCAUCUCUCACAGAGCUCCAUCCUCGGGGCAGAUUGACUUGGAGGAGUUGGGUGACAAGCCCAAUGUCUGGAGGGAUCAAAGACAUCCCAAUGUGGUGAUGGCCUUCCUGACCCUGGAAGUCCUCGUUGAGCUGUCAGAGAGAGCUGAGAUGGCAAGAAAAAUUGAAGCCUUCCUGCCAAGCAUGCUGAAGAUACUGGAAGUUGGCAGCGAAGAUGAGAAGCUGAAGACCGUUGUGGUCUUCCAAAAUGUCCUGGGUCAGCUGAAAAAGUCAAAGGCCAGCUCCAUGGCUGUGGCACUGGUGGGGAAGAUCCUGCCCCUCUCUGACUCGGAGUGUGGGCAGCUGCGAGAGCUCUCCCUCCAGCUCCUCAGAGACCUGCUGAGGGCCGUGGUGAGCAGGGAUGAGAAGAAGAUGAGGAGGGAGAUACAGAGUGCACUGAUCCCGCUCCUCUUCCGAAUGAACGACCAGCUCCCCAGCGUGGCCAAGGCUUCUGGGGAAGCCCUUUUUGCUGCUGCAGAGCUUCUCAAAUGGAAGGAGCUCAAGCACCUGCUGCAGAAAGAGAGGCUGUGGGAGCUUGGAGAAUGCUUGGUAAGGACAAGCCACAGGGCCCAGGCUGGGUGA